UUUUAUAAUAAUCAAUCGAAUUUGAACAGAAAAAUUUGAUUAUAACCCUUCAGAUCAUAGACCCAUUAUGAUAAAUAUAGAAAUGCCGAAAUCAACAGCGAUGCAUUUCCAAUUUUAGAAUGGGAUUUAGUUUAUUAGACAGAGAUCGAACAUACCAGAUGCAAAAAUACUAAAGAAUACUUUAAAAUAAUUAAAUAUACUGCUAAAGUUGGAAGAUAAGCCGCUGGAUAAAUAGAAAAUGUUGUAGAAAUAGAUGGAUAAAUUGAAACAAACUACAAGAAGAUUACCAGUGAAGCAUUGAAGUAAACUGCUUCAUCUAAAAAUUAUGGAAAAUAUUAUUAACAAGACAAAUGUGGAAGAGAUAUGAUAAAUUAUACAUCAGUAAUAUACAAGUUAGUAAGAGCGAAUAAAGGAAUAGGGGUUCAAAGAUCUGGAAUUGAUUGAAUAAUAUAAUAAGUAAAAUACCUUGUAUUAGGAACCUGAUAUUAAGAAAAGAGGGC